AUGGCUUGUGGAAAACUAUACUUUAAAGAAAAUGAUGAUUGGAGCAAAAUAGAGAAACAAGUUUUAGACAAUUCGCUCUUCGGAUUUUUAGAAGUUGAUAUUGAAGUCCCUAAAGAUAAAUGGAACUAUUUUAGUGAGAUGUGUCCAAUCUUUGUGAACAAGGAAUAUGAUGAAACUCUCUGCGGAGAUUAUACUUUAAACCUUUUAAAAUCCUUGGAAAGAAAACCAACAAAAAGUAGGAAGCUAGUUGUAACAUUGAAAGCAAAACAAAUAUUAAUCAAAUCUACAAGACUUAGAUGGAUGUUAGAACAUGGUUGUGUAGUUACAAAACUAUAUGGAUAUAUUGAAGCUAAACGGAGAAGAAUUUUCAAGGGCUUUAUGGAUUGGGUCUCAGAUGAAAGGCGAAAAGGAGAUGUUGACUCAAAGUAUGCAAUCAUCUCGGAAGGUGCCAAACUUGUGGGAAAUUCAGCAUUUGGUAGAACAGGAAUGGAUAAGAACAAACAUAAAAAAGUAAGUUUCUGUAAUGAAGUUCAAUUUAAUAGAGCUAAAAACGAUUACUUUUAUUAUGAUGCAGAGGAAUAUAAUGGAGUUUACGAAGUAACAAAAAGAACAAGAAAGGUUAAACAGAAUAUGCCUCUGCAAAUUGCCUGUAGUGUUUAUGAUGAUUCAAAGCUAAGAAUGUUAAAAUUCUACUACGACUGUAUAGAUAAGUAUGUCGAUAGGUCUGACUUCCAGUACAUUGAAAUGGACACUGAUUCAGCUUAUAUGGCUAUUACUGACAAUACUUUAGAGGAUUUGAUUAAACCUGAGAUGAAGGAGGAAUUUGAGAGAGAUAAAUGUAAUUGGUUUCCUCGGACCGAUACAGAGGAGCAUCGUCGAAUAGAUAAAAGAACUCCAGGACUAUUUAAAGUAGAAAAAGAGGGUGACGGUAUGAUAGCAUUAUGUAGUAAAACUUAUUGUAUUUGGACAAAUGACGAUAAAUGUAAAGUUUCUUCUAAAGGUGUUCAGCAAAAAAGAAAUAAUUCUAUUCUAACUAAAGAAAAAUAUUUAGAGUGUCUUGUAAAUAAACAAACAAUAGAUGGAUUGAAUAAAGGAUUUAGAUAUCAGAAUCAAGAAAUGAAAACUUAUGAACAGAAAAAGAUAGGAUUAUCCCCUGUAUAUGGAAAAGGAGUUGUGAUGGAUGAUGGUAUUCACAUUAGACCUAUUAUAUUUGAGUAA